AUGCAUUUCGCAUAUCCUCCACGAAAAUCCUCGAAUCCGCCGCCUUUCCGGCCCCGGACGUCGGCUAUCCCAACAAUACGAAGCCGACGACUCAAGACCAUUGGCCUUGUCUGCCUAGCCUUCUUGACAUUGGUAUGGCUAUUCCAACGAGGCGGCAGUAGGCGACAUGCUCCGCCGGCAUACCACAAGCCGUCGGGCAACCCGCCGGUGGUGAUAGUUACAGUAUUCAACGAGGGCAAGUAUGGAAAGGGGUACUUGGACAUGGUCAAGGAAAACAGGUUAAAAUAUGCCGAGAAGCAUGUCCUCCGAUUACGACCUCCGCGGCGCACCCGUCUCGUGGGCCAGCCUCCCCGCCGUCCGACACGCCAUGACCAUGUCCCCGAUGCGGCGUACAUCUGGUACCUCGAUCAGAACGCCUUCAUCAUGAACCCGAACCUCAAGAUCGAGGAGCACGUCAUGAAGCCAUCGAGGCUGGAGGAGCUGAUGAUCAAGGACCACCCUGUUGUGCCGCCCGACAGCAUCAUCAAGACGUUCAGCCACCUCAAGGGACACGAUGUGGAUUUCGUCUUGACGCAGGACAAGGACGGUCUGUCUUCGAGCAGCUUUGUGGUGAAGAAUGGGGAAUGGGCCAAGUUCUUCAUCGAGACUUGGUUCGAUCCCAUCUACAGGAGCUACAACUUCCAAAAGGCGGAGCAGCAUGCCCUGGAACACAUCGUCCAGUGGCACCCUACCAUUCUCGCCAAGCUCGCUCUCGUGCCCCAGCGCAUCUUGAACUCGUACAGCAAGGAGAAGGGUGGUCAGGAUUACAAGGAAGGAGACCUUGUGGUGCGCCUCUACGCUUGCGGCGAGGCUGGCGAGGAUACGUGUGAAACCGAGUCGCAGAGGUUUGCUCAGUGGAAGACUGCGUUCCAGAAUUCAUGA